UAAAAUACAUAUAUAAAUAUAUACAUAUAUUUAUUAUAGAAUUGAUUAUUUUUAGUUGCUUAGCAACAUAAAAGUCCAAGCUCCCACCACGCUUUUACGCUGUGUUCAAAAACCGGCAGUUAGUCUACUGAUUGUACAACGCAAGGUGUAAACAUGGGCCUUCCUGAUAUAGACAAUAUACCCGAAACUGGUGCUGUUUUUACACUGGGUCGUAGUCGAUUUGCUGAUAAUAUUGCAUCACAUUUUUUCAUACGAAAAGAUCCGGUUGUUAGUAUUGCGUGUGGUGAUGAACAUUCCGCUAUUGUUUGUCAAAGUGGAAGACUUUUUGUUUUUGGGAGCAACGAUUGGGGUCAGUUAGGCCUCGGCCAUAAGAAUCACGUCAGCAAACCUUCGUGCGUAAAAAUAUUAAAACCAGAAAAAGUAACACACGUGGCAUGUGGAAGGGCGCAUACUUUAAUAUGUACCGGACAUGAAAAACUCUUAGCAUGUGGUAGCGAUCAGGAAUCACAACUAGGGCGUGGACAAAUUUCGACAAGUGAUAGUUCAACCUUACCAGUUGUUAUUUAUGAUAGUAACAAAGUAGGAUCUAAAAUCCUUCAAAUUGCUGCAGGAUCUCAUCAUUCUUUAGCACUUACUAUUGAUGGAGAUGUUUUAGCAUGGGGUAGUAAUUUAGAAGGACAGCUUGGAUUGCCUGGUACUUCUGGUUUAAUUAAUAAACCCACUAAAGUUAAUUUACCAGAGCCAGUUAAACAAAUUAGCGCUGGAUAUUAUCAUUCUGCAUUUCUUACUAAGAGUGGAGUUAUUUAUAUCUGUGGUGAAGCAGAAAGUGGAAAACUUGGGAUUGCCUUAGACUUCAGAACUCAAAUUGCUCCUAAACAAAUGCAAUUACCAGUAUCAGUUAUAUCUGUUGCUUGCGGUGGUCACCAUACACUUUUACUUGGUGAAAAUGGUGAUAUUUAUUGCACUGGUAGUAAUGCAAGUGGACAAUUAGGAAUGGGUACUAAUAUAACAGAAAUACAAACUCCUAAGCAACUUCCAUGUAAUAAUCUUAAAGAAGAAAUUAUUAAAAAAAUUGUUUGUGGAGAAAGUCAUGUUGCUAUUAUUACAGAAUCUGGCAAACUUUUCAUGUGUGGUGAUGGUAGACAUGGUAAACUAGGCCUUGAAGAAAAUGAAAAUAAUGUAUAUGAAUUAACAUAUGUUGCAAAAUAUGAAGAACUUAUUGUAACGAAUGUUGCUUGCGGUGGAUGUCAUACAAUUCUAGUUGGACGAAAAAAAAAUUCUGAAACUGAUAAUGAAAAUUUAAAGCAGACGAAAAUAAAUUCAUUGCCACCGUUAAAAGUUCCAAUUAAUCGUAUCCAAAAUGAUGAUGCUAUAAAUUUGGAAGAUGAAUCUAAAAAUCAAAUUAAAAAAAGUGAAAUUGAACUGGCUGAAAUAUUAAACGAUUCAACACAAGUAUCAUUAAUAAAUUUAAAUAAAACUGAUGAUAAUAUUGAAAAACCAGAAUCACCUAAAACAACAUACCAACGUGAUACACCAACAUUAUUGUCAAAUAAAAAUCAUCAAUUAAAAAAUGAUGAUGAUGAUAAUGAUAACAAUACUAAUUGUAAUUAUGAUAAUAACAUUGAAAAUGAUGAUAGUAACAAUAAUAAUAACAAAAACAAUCUGAUAAAAGAUGAAAUAGACACAAAAGCUGAAGUAAACACAUCGGCUAUAGAAAUAAGACCAAAGUCUUACAAUGAUCAACUUGAUGUAAAUAGAGGUAUUAUAGAAAACAAAGAAAAAGAUUGUGAAAAUAAUAAAGAAAACAAACAAGAUAAUAACAUGGUAAAUAAAAUAAAUGAUGAAAGCAUAACAAUUGAAAAAUCAUCAGUAUCUUUACCGGUAACGUCAGUAUCAUUGACAUCACCGCCUCUUAAACCACCACGACAAAAAAUUGAUAAUGAUGAUAAAACUAAUACCCCUUCAUUUAUUUCAAGUUUACCAUCAUCAAGGGAAAGCAGUUGUUCUGGUAAUAAAAAUGAAAAAAAAAUAAAAUCCAUAAUGAAUAAUGAUGCAAUUAAAAAUGAUAGUGAUAUAAAUUAUAAUAAUGAUGAUAAUGAUGAUGUUUCAUCAAUAACGUCAGAUAAUAAAAAAACAUCGAGUAUAAAAAGUAAAUCAUCAGCACAAUCCAAAGCCGAUACUGACGAAACAAUUGCGAUUGAUGAUACUAAAAUAUUACAACAUACUGUUUUUGAACAAAAUGUUGAUGAUCAUUUAAAAGAUAAAAUAACUGAUAAAGUUGACGAAAAAAUUAACAUAAUAGCCGAUAAUGUAGAUGAUAAUAAUAUUAUUCAAUCACCGCUUCCACGUACAGGUAAAAUAAUAAAAUUAUUUAAGAAUAAAAAACAACAAGUUAGUGAAAAUCUCACAAACUCAUCAUCAUCUAUUGAACCAAUAGAAAAAGCUAAAUCAAAAACAUGCAGUAUCUUGUAAUGAUCACCACCAAAGCUAGUUAACUAAAAUAAUAAUAAUAAUAAUAAUAAAAAUAAUAAUAAUUAAUUAUUCAGUUAUAUUGAUAUUUUUUAUAUAAAAUAAUAAUAUUCACAUAAUCAACGUGUUACUUUACAUUUUAUAAUAGUAUAUAGUUAUUGAGGGACCAAAAAAAGGUUAAAAAGUAAACAAAAUAUUUUUUAAUAAAACAUAUGCGAUA